GUAGUGUCAUGUACCUUGUGUUGAAAAGUAUMCAAUGUAAAUAUUAUGUGAAAUAAUCCAAAUAUGUUCGUAAGUAAGAGAAAGGGUAAAAAUCAUAAGUGAAGAAGAUAAAAUAAAAAAAUAAAAAAAAAGACAAAGAGUGAAAGACAAAAUAGAAACAGAAAAGAAAAUUCGCCUGCGUUUUACCAGGACAGCAGACAUCGCAAUCGGGGCUUGCGCAAAUGCGUCUUGCCCAAAUGCGUCUUGCCCAUUUCGCGGUCGAUUCGAACUACAAACUUGUUGAUUUUGGCUUUAUUAGAGAAAUCCCUCUCAGAUUUAACCACCCUUAAAGUUUUCUGGGCUUUUUUUAACCUUUAGAAGAUGUGGUACUCAUGAUAUAUCUUCAGCACUAGGCAAUUUUGGUGUUUCUUCGUUAAAACAAGUAACGGAUGUCGAGAGGGGUAAUACGAUAGCAGAGGCGAAAACGUCGAUUUGGAGAUGUUUUCAAUCGGGGACGAUGAGCUUGACAUGGAUUUGGAUGAUGAGGAGUUUCUCUUGGCUGCAUGUGGAAUUCCUCCUGUUAGCACUAACURCACARCAACAAACAAAUCUGGAGGGAUUUCCAGCUCAACCUGUAAAAGCAACACAUCUGUUGAAAAUGCAUCUAGACUUUCAACAUGUUCAAGGACUCCAUUAAAUCCACUGAAAAAUACCUUGACACCCCAUGGAAACAAGAUGCCAGCAAGCUGUGGAGAUGGUUCUUACAAGGUUCCACAGCAAAUAAGAUCUUCUGCUCUAAAUAAUACUAGCAAUAGAACUAUACAAACAUUUAAUUUGAACUCAAACAUGAACCAAGGCAAAAACAGUGAACCUGGUCCACCAAGUAAAAAAAUUGCCUUGAGUAGUAAAGAUGAUUUUGGGAAUAAUUCUCAAGGUGAUAUAUCCAACUUCAGUCAAAACAGAAAUAUCAAUAAUGAUCAUGAUAAACAUUUACAUACAAAGUCUUCGGACAAAAAUAAUAGCAAUGGUGCAYCACAGRCUUCAACAAGAGACUCUAGUCCUCCUACAUCUAGCAYWUCUUAUGAUCAUAACAGACAAAAUAUGCCAUUUACUAAGACUUUAACACAGUCUACAACAGUAUUCAUGACCCCUAAUCAAAAAGCAACCAAACACUUUUCUCCAAGAGAUGGAGAAAUUCUUAGUAGAUCUUUUAAUAGUGAUGUUGAUGUUACACCAUCAAGAAAAUCAGCAAGAAAAUUUCCAGGGCCUGCUGGAUUGUUACCUAAAUUAAWUGCUGGCCAAUCAUUAGAUGAAUUGUCAGUAAAAUUAUCUCCAGCUCCAUCAACAUCUAGACUAUCACCAAACAACAUCCAAAGACCUGUGAGUCCUUGCCAGUCACAAGAACCGUCAGAAGAUGAAGAGUUUAGCAGAGAACCAUGGAUUGGCAUGUUCAAUGAAUAUAAACAAAAUGUGCCUGCUUUAAUGAGAUACACUAUACUUCAAGUUAUUUCAGAGGCUGCUGGUCAGCGCCUUAAGUAUGGUAAAGUCCCAUCWCUUUGUGUCCUGGUUAAGACAUCAUCACCUACAGAAACAGACUCUAGUAUUUUUCUAAAGGAUCCAACAGGUGAAAUUCAUGGUACACUACACAAGAAGGUUUUAGAGGAGUAUCCAUCAGAAUUAGGGCCUGGGGCUGGAAUCAUUUUAAAACAGGUGUCAGUCUUCAGUCCAUCACCAAGGAAACAUUACUUGAAUAUCACACCAGGAAAUAUCAUUCAUAUCUACCCACCUGAUCCMAGUCAUGUCAGCUCUAGUCAGCCUUUGGCAUCUCAAGGAACACAACCAGUGAAGACAAGUCCUCAGCAAAGAAUUUCCACACCUGAACCAGAAAUUUUUGUUGAGAAGAAGUCCUCAGAUGACAAAGUUGAAGAAAGUUCAACGCAAGAAUCACAGGAUUUUAAUGAUUUACUUGAAGGACUAGAUGAUGAAGAUGAUGUCUUGGAUUCAGAUUUACUGGCCAUGUAUUAGUGAACAUAUUCAAAAAUU